CUCGAAGGUUACUCCAGGACUUUAUAUCAUGUUGGGAGAAGGAGGUAAGGGGCGUCCAAGGGGCGGACGACCAAGCUCUGAUCGCUAUGCUCCAAGAAGCACUCCCCCAAGGGGUUGUGCGCAAGGAACUGAGGAGGAAUCCACUCCCAACUCACCAAGAGAUGCUGGCAAGAUCCAAGUACCUAGCUCUAAAAGAAGACGACGAGGAACCAAAGGCUGAAAUUCUGAAGAACGAGAAGGUGUCGCCUAUAGCAAGAGAGUCAAAGGAUAAAAAGAAGAAGGACUACAUAAGGGGCCCUAACCCAGGGAGGUUGACCGACGCCUGGGCUCCAAGAACUUGUACUUGGAGAAGGCCACCCACUAAGCGUGUGCCGAUCACGAAUGGGGACGACCGAGAUGAUGGAGGAAGGAACCUGGGGAGAGAGUGUGACGACCUCAAUGAAGACGAAAGGAAAACCCCGCGGCACCUAGGAUGUUGUUUCAUCAUGGGCGGCAAUAUAGGUGAAGAUUUCGCUUCCACCAAGAAGAAAUGGAAGAAUAUGGUUCAUUUGAUGGAGAUCCAGAGACCUCCCCUUCCGAUGAAGAAGAAGAGAGAGCCAAUCUUGUUCACCGACGAGGAUUACCCACCAGUGGUGAGCCCUCAAAGAGAUGCCCUUGUAAUAAGGGUGGAGAAAAACAAGGUGGUGGUUCAUCGAACCCUAGUGGAUACGGGGAGUUUCGUGAACAUCAUGCACAACAACACAUUCAAGGAAUUGGGAUUGUCACGGGUAAACCUCAAGCUCAUCCACACCCCAUUGUGUGGAUUUACUAGAGAUACAAUAGAGGCAGAAGGGACGAUAACGGUCAAGGUUGAGGUCGGAUAUGGCACCCACAAAGUCUAGCUCAAUAUGGAGUUUAUGGUAGUGCACCUUGAUUGUGCACACCAUUUAAUCCUAGGGCGACCGGGCUUCGAGGACCUGGAGUGAGUUAUCUCCCCGGCCCAUUUGUGUUUGAAAUUCCCUACACCGAUGGGAGUAGGCGUCGCGAGGGGGAAUCAAAGCUUGUCCAGGUU